UUUUAGGAUUUUUGGAUGAUUUUUUUAAUUUACAGGGUUCUUUCAUAUUCUUAAAAAUGAACAAGUCUGACUUUGAUUGGAAUAUGUUUAUUGAAAUUGUGCGUGAAUGCGAGUUUCUUUGGAACAUGGCCUUAGAAGAUCAUAAAGAUAAACAAAAAUGUAAAGAUGCAUGGACUAGAAUUUCUGAACAAGUUGGAGUUGAUAUUGAAGAUGCAAAGAAGAAAUGGAAAUAUUUAGUUGAUUAUUAUGCAAGAUUGAAAAAGAAGAAGCCACUUUCUGAUUCUGAAGGAAGCAAAGAGAGAGUGUGGCCAUAUCGUGAGGCUUUGUCUUUUAUGGAUACUGCUACAAGAGGAACUCCUAAUUCUAUUGACAGGAGGAAGCGUGUUGACAUGGAUCAAAAGCCUUUGAUUAAAAAGAUUAAAAAGUGUGACUCUUCUCCUGGUCCCACUUCAAUUCGUCCGGCCACUCCUGAUUCACAAUUUGGAGCGUAUAUUGGUGCCGAACUUUGACUUUUUGAAGAACAUGAAAGAGAUGAAGCUAAAAUGGGAAUUAUGCAGGUGUUGCACAGCAUAAAAAGCCGUCGACGUUGUAUGAUGCCGGAAAAUGACGGAUACGAUU